AUGCUGCUUACUGACUCGUUCAUUCAGAUUGGGAGUGUAGCUUUCGCUCUCUUUUCUAUUGUUGUGUCGGCUCCAGCACCUACCAGAAGAGCAGACAAAAAGGUUGUUACCUUCAACGAUACUGUCUCGGGCAGAUUCGGUGUGCAACGAACAACUCUUCAAUGGACUUCUCAGGGCGCCGAUGGGUCCUACGUCGACUUGAACAGUACAACUGGUGAUCUCUUGAUCUCCAACAUCAUUACUCAAAACAGUACUGUCCUUGUCAAAGCCAGUGAUGUUGCCGAGGCAGCACGAAAUCCUUAUGAUUAUUCAAUUCAGCCCAAUGGCCAAAACGUUCUUUUUACUGUAAAAUACAAAAAGCAGUAUCGUCACUCUUUCUUUGCUGAUUACUAUAUUUUUAAUGUGGCCGACAAAACUACGACUCCAUUGGCUGCUGACCAAGCUCAAGGUCGGUCUAUAUUUUGUCCUACAAGCUAUGUACCGCUGCUGAUCCAAAAUAGAUAUCCAAUAUGCUGGUUGGUCCCCUGUCGGUGACACUAUUGCUUACGUACGUGGAAACAACCUUUUCAUCUGGCAAAAUGGUACAACCACUCAGAUCACUAAAGACGGUGGCCCAGAUGUUUUCAAUGCAGUACCGGAUUGGGUAUACGAAGAGGAGAUCUUUGGUGACUACAAGACUCUUUGGUUCUCCCCUGACGGAGAAUAUGUUGCUUACCUGAGAUUUGAUGAGACCGGGGUAAGUAAAAUUCGAAAAGAAGCCAGAACAAAUCUAAUAUCGAACAUAGGUCCCCACAUACACAAUCCCAUAUUACAUGGCUGGUGGAGAUGUUGCUCCGCCAUAUCCAGAGGACCUCGAUAUUCGGUACCCCAAGGUUGGAGAGAAGAACCCUACGGUUUCUGUCAACCUUCUUUCUCUCUCCAACCUUGCAGCCGGGCCCUCAAAAGUAGAGUUCGAAUCAUUUGCAGAAGACGAUUUAAUCAUUGGUGAAGUUGCAUGGGUCACUGAUGAACACUCCCAUUUCAUUUUCCGUACAUUCAACCGAGUUCAGGACCAAGAAAAGCAUAUCGUCGUUGAUACUGCAACCUUGGCAGCCUCUGCUGUCCGAGAACGAGACGCCAGACCCGGAUGGAUUGAAAACAACAUGGCAAUCCAGUACGUUGGAGACGGAACGUACCUUGAUCUUUCCGAUGAGUCCGGUUGGCUACACAUCUAUCUUCACUCUAUCAAUGGAUCGACGCCAACUGCUAUCACCAGCGGCGAGUGGGAGGUCACCGCAAUCUUGAAUAUCAACGCGGCAAGCAAGACUGUUGUUUAUCAGUCCACAGAGCGCGAUUCUACUGAGAGACAUGUCUACUCGGUUUCUUUCGAUGGUACCGGAAAGAAGGCACUUGUUGAUGAUACUGUUGAUGGACAUUGGACUGCAAGUUUUUCUUCUGGAGGUGGAUUCUAUAUUCUUUCCUACAAUGGCCCAGAAAUUCCGCAUCAGGAGCUUUACAGUUCGAACUCAACAUCGACCGCUAUCAGGACGUUGAAUGAUAAUGCAAGACUGGCAUCAAGACUUGCGGAGUACACUUUGCCCAACACCACCUGGACAACAAUCGAUCAUCCAGAUGGCUACUCGUUGAAUGUCAUCGAGCGUCUUCCCCCAAAUUUCGAUCCCAGCAAGAAAUAUCCCCUAGUUUUCGACCCUUACGGAGGACCAGGAUCUCAAGAAACAGCCAAGACUUUCAAACAAGUCGAUUUCUCAGCCUAUCUCUCUAGUGACCCUGAGCUUGAAUACGUUGUUGUCACAGUUGACAACCGCGGAACCGGUUACAAAGGACGCGAUUUCCGAAUGCCAGUAGCUCAACAACUUGGUAAACUUGAAGCUCAAGAUCAAGUCUUCGCGGCAAAGGAGUGGGCCAAGAAAUCAUACAUUGAUGCUGAACACAUAGCCAUCAUGGGAUGGAGUUACGGAGGUUAUCUCUCCUCUAAAGUAAUCGAAUUAGACAGCGGUAUCUUUUCUUUUGCGGUUAUCACUGCUCCUGUCUCGGACUGGCGAUUCUAUGACAGCAUGUACACAGAGCGAUACAUGAAGAACCUCACUACCACAGACUCCACCAACGGUACUGGUGCCUACUAUGAGACCUCGGUUCACAACUCUGCUGGCUUCAAGAACGUCCGCGGUGGAGUUAUCAUUCAACACGGUACUGGAGAUGACAAUGUGCAUUUCCAACAUUCAGCUGUGCUAGUUGAUACUUUGACUAGAGGUGGCGUUGGACCUACGAAGAUGAACGUUCAGUUCUUCCCAGAUAGUGACCACAGCAUCAGGUUCCACGGUGCGAAUACUUUGGUCUACAAGCAGAUGGCUAGGUAUUUGUGGUUGGAACGAAACCGAAAGCCAGAGGAAUCCAGUUUGGUUCAUCAGUUCACCAAGAGAGAGAACUGA